AUGUCUUCGCCUGUUCCAUUUUACCAGGAGGUGGCAUGGGUGCCGCAAGUGCAGCUGCCCGUUCCCGAGACUGUGCAAUCGUCGUGGAGGUUCCUAGCAUCAUUGUCGUCUAAUUUGCUGCUGAUCGGAUUCCUGGUCAUUCCAUUGGCCUUCGAAAGCCCAACGCAAGAGCCCGUCAGCAAAGUGAAUUCCGUCGUCGCCGCUGCGGUGUUAAUUGGAUUCGCCGAUGCUUUGGCGUUAAUCCUCAUCUGCUUCCAAUAUGACAAGCGCGAGUACUUGAUUCAUUCGAUAUUCGUUCCCGGACUAGUCUCCAACCUCAUCGGCCUACUCAACGUGAUCAUCAACAUCCUGUGUCGCGACCUAUUGCCCAUCGGUCAGAUUGAGGCAGCUAGUCUGGGCCUUACUUGCGCGUUUGCCUUUCUUCAUGCCCUGGGCGCGUUGUGGGUGUACGGUCGGACAGUUGCCGAAGAGACUCGCGUGCACGGAUCGAAAGACGACGCUGCGCUUCUGACCGAGGAGGAAAUGCAGCGGCAGCAGCUCCUCCGACUUCUGCAGGAGAACAAGAAAGGCGUAAGCCCCAAGGUCACACAGAAGACGUUUCAGGUCAAGGUUCCCGAGCGCAUCAACCCGGGCAAAGGCUGGGAUACGUUCAUGCCGCCUCCUCACGAGGAAGGGUACUUUGCGGGUUAUACAAGGGGGAGAUAG